CAACGUCACACUCACCUGAAAUAUGGAGUGGGGAAAACACUCGAUGUCCGCCGUCUGAGCGCUGUAUGUGCGGUAACAACAUGUCAGCGCCUCUACCUGCCAUUGUGCCCGCCGCUCGGAAAGCCACCGCAGCGGUGAUAUUUCUCCAUGGCCUGGGUGACACCGGACAUGGUUGGGCAGAGGCUUUCGCUGGCAUCAGGAUACCACAUGUCAAAUACAUCUGUCCCCAUGCUCCAACCAUGCCAGUUUCCUUAAAUAUGAGAAUGUCGAUGCCCUCUUGGUUUGACAUCUAUGGAUUGAGCCCGGAUGCAGAUGAAGAUGAGUCUGGUAUCAAAAAAGCGUCAGAGAACAUUAAAGCCUUGAUAGACCAAGAGGUGAAGAAUGGCAUACCUUCUCACAGAAUUGUGCUGGGUGGAUUUUCACAGGGCGGAGCAUUGUCUCUCUACACUGCCCUGACAACUCAUCAGAAGCUGGCAGGAGUUGUGGCCCUGAGCUGCUGGCUUCCCCUUCGCAACUCCUUCCCUCAGGCUUCUGCCAACAGUGUUAACAAGGACAUGCAUGUCUUUCAAUGCCAUGGUGAUGCCGAUCCACUGGUCCCUUUCGUUUUUGGCAGCCAGACUGCGGAGAAGAUGAAAAACCUCAUCAAUCCAGCCAACAUCACCUUCAAACCCUAUCGGGGACUACCUCAUAGUGCCUGCCCAGAGGAAAUGGUGGACAUCAAGCGGUUUAUAGAAAAGCAGCUUCCUCCUAUCAGCAAUGAAUGAGCUCGAGAGUGGCUGCGCCCUCGCACAGCUCGCUCAUCAGAGUCUUUUGAACUUGGCUCCUGUGGUUCUCCGUUGACCUGUGGAAUCACUGACUUGAUUUGAUACAAUACAGCCCCUGCUGCUACUCUCAAAGCUGGACUGGACUGGGGGCCAGACGAUGGCCCCAGAAAAGGCAUGACUGAAAUCACACAGUAUUCCAGACUGCAGCCACACACACCCGAACCUCAGAGUUACGGUAGAGUAACAUUAGUCGCCGCUGUUGUUGAUUGUAUAGCUAUUUGCUAUUCAAAAGCCAUUUCUCGCAAGAAACUACUGCAUUUGAAAAAAAAAUAGGGCUAUAUUUUAAGGUUUAAUACUUAAGAUCUCACAAUAAAUGGCUUGUGGCUGGGAUAUGUCGACAGUCAUGUAGAAGCAGUUACCAACAAAGCACAAUGAAUAAGGUUACAUAAGUGUAUGAUAUAAAAAAAAAUCUUUGAUGAGUAGCCCUUACAUGUGACUUUUAAAAUUAGCAUUGGACUGUAUAGAAUAGACUACAUAGAUUAUAUAAGAUUACAUUCAUAUUUAGUCACGCAACUGAAAAAGGCAUACAACAUACAACUGUGCUUUAUUUAGUUUGUGAAUACACAAACAUGAAAUACACAAAUAUACCAGUGCUCAUAGUCAUGUAUUAUCUAACUUAUGUUUCCCUGUUUUUUUUUCUUUUAAAUUAAAUAUGACUAAUAUCACAGUAUUUAAACACACAGGCAAGUUCAACUUUCAGAUAUCAGCUCGUCAGUUGUAAAAAGUACUUUUUUUUUUUUUUUUUAACGAGAAGAGCACCAACAUUGUAUGAGCUCAUCGUUGCACCAUUCAGAUUAGGCUGAAUGUGUCGUUGUAAAAGAUCUUUAUAUCAAGGCACUUUCCUUCUUAAGUUAAUAUCAAAUAAAACCCACGUGUUUCUACAAGAACUGAUUAUGCAUUAAGGCUGACGAUAUACCUAAACACCAACGCAGUGCUCACAGAUUACAUGCUUUCCUUUGUAAAACAAUGUAGAAAAGUGCAAUGUCAAGCGCUAAGGGAGUAUAUAAAAAUAUAGGUUUUUUUUUUUGAACAAGAAACUGAUGCUGGACCUGGCGUUUGUUCUUGUUAGCGCCAAGGAUUUUGGUACGCUAAUAGUGGGUAAAUAAACAGUAAU